CCCCCUAUCCCUAACAGGUUAACAUGAUUACAAUAUUUUAGCUGGUAACGUAACUGGUUACCCUUUUUGUAAUCAGAUGACAUGUAAUCCGUUUCUUCCCAACCAUCAUCAACAUCAAACCAACUUCCUCUUGCACAACAAUGUUAAUGGAUUUGUGCUGGAUAUCAGGUCAACAAGGCGGUCUGACAAUAACUGUGUUGUGAAGAUGUCCUGAUAGUGGGACUGCAUGUCUCACCGCAGUAGCUAUUAAGUUCCUUCUACACACACGCACUCCCAUCCAUAUUGACCCAGUUGGUUGUGUCAUAGGCGGAGCUACAGAGGAAGAUGGAUGAGAGCAGCAGGUUGCUGAGUGAGUGCAAGAAGGAACUUGGACAGAAGGACCGACUGCUGCAGCAGCACAAACACAAACUGGAGGAGAGCCAGCUGCAGAAGGCUGGCUUGCAGAGAGAGCUGGAGUGUAAAGACAACAUGUUGCAGGAGAUGAUGAGUCGUCAUGGUGACCAGGCCCCGCCCCACCUCACGGCCACACCCCUUCCCUCUGGGGCUGAGGAGCUGCAGCUGGUGCGGUCAGCGUUGAGGAGUCUGAGAGGAGUUUUCCGAGAGCAGGAUCCUCAACACCACACUCUGGAUACACUGGAGCAGGGCAUCACAUCACUGACCGACAGACUGACACACACACACCAGGGGAGGGGAAAGUCUUCAGAAUGCAACAGAGCCACACACAACCAGCAGGACUCCUGGCCUCCAAGCAGUAAGAUCACAGACAACCAGCAGGACUCCUGGCCUCCAAGCAAGAUGGCCCACUCCUACAGUAGUCCAUUGCUGAGCUCGUGUGGUUCCACUAAGGUCCUCUACUUUACAGACCACUCACAAACACCCUGCAUGAUCCACAUCAACAAGAGGUUGGGGAAGGUAACUCUGAGAGAUGUGAAGACGGCAGUAGACAGAGAUGACAACCACAGAUUCCACUUCAAAGCCCUCGACCCCGAGUUUGGUACCGUUAAAGAAGAGGUAUUUGAAGAUGAGGCGUUGGUUCCAGGCUGGGAGGGGAAGAUAGUGGCCUGGGUGGAGGAGAACAACGGAGAGGAGAGGACUAAAGGCCCCAGCUGCUGAGGAACUGAAGGCCCCAGCUGCUGAGGAACUGAAGGCCCCAGCUGCUGAGGAACUGAAGGCCCCAGCUGCUGAGGAACUGAAGGCCCCAGCUGCUGAGGAACUGAAGGCCCCAGCUGCUGAGGAACUGAAGGCCCCAGCUGCUGAGGAACUCAAGGCCCCAGCUGCUGAGGAACUGAAGGCCCCAGCUGCUGAGGAACUGAAGGCCCCAGCUGCUGAGGAACUGAAGGCCCCAGCUGCUGAGGAACUGAAGGCCCCAGCUGCUGAGGAACUAAAGACCCCAGCU